ACACAUGAGAAGGGUGCCUAAGUCGGCCGCGAAGAGCUCGUAGUUGCUUGAUGAGACGGUCCGGGGCCCGCAGAAGCAGAGAGUACCGGUCCUGGCAACAACGCCAGCACUGGUAAAGAGUCCUUUAGCCUGCCGCGCGCGAUACUACGAAACGAGGUCGAUAAGUCCCCCCGAGGGAACGACGGGCAACGGGGAUUUAGAGGGCUCCGACUAGUAUGUUACACGGAAGCUAGCGACAUACGGUGGUCACGUACCUUCCGCUCAGCCACUCUAACGCUCGGCCUCCUUCAUUUCCUAUAUGGUUCAUGCAAGGGCAGUCAGCACCCGCAGCUUGAGUCCCACCGGCUCCACCUCAGCCCUGUACCCUGCCGUCUCCAACAAGUCCUUUCUAUCGAUCAUCCCAGAUAUUUCCAAGGCCAAUCUGGAUCGAUAGCACCGAUAUAGAGUUUCGUUAUGGCAGAACCGGUCUCCAGCAUCGUCACCUUAACGACGGUGUCUCUAGCCAUCAUCAGAGAGACAGCAAUAUUCAUCAGGGAGGCCAAGGAAGUCGACGCUCUCAUUCAAAAGCUCGUAGUCAUUCUUCUCGAUCUGCGGAAAUGGCUCAAAGCCGUGGAUACUACGUGGAGAAAUGCAACGUUCCAUGAGGACGGCGCAUCGCGACUCGUUCGCGACUCACUUGCGAAGUGCAAGGUCCGGCUUGAACAAGUUCAGGCGAUGGUGACAGACCUCGCUACUCGAAAUUCACGGACCUUUUUCCAAAAGAUUGUACUGAAGAUUCGCUCCGACCGAUCAAGGAGGGACAUCGAAGAGGCUAUUCAGGAUAUUGAGCGCCAUCGAGAACACAUCAAAAACGGAAUGCUUUGUUGGAACACGCAACUCAUCUCCGACAUCCAUCGUCGAACAUCGGAAGCCCUUCCCGUAGUCAUGGCUAAUCAAGCCGGGCUACAACACGUCGCUGAGGCGGAUACGAUUGGGCCGCUCAAUCGUACACUAUCAGUAGCAUCGACCGCAUUCGAAAUCGGUGCUCCGACUCGUCGAACGUCUUCCGCCACCGCACAUUCCCGGCACUCCAUCUCUUCCACAACCUCGAGCGCGCCUCUAUCUACCUACCGAACGGACAGCCUGCUCUCAGAUACUGAAACCCCGAAUAAUAAGGCCUGGGUGGACUUCCAUUACCAGAUAAGGGCAUGCAGAGGCGAUGAGAAAGGAGCACAGGCAAUAAAAGGAAUCCUAGAGCGGAGUCCAGAGAGCUCCUCUCUGGCGAAUACGAAGGAUGACUGCGGACGGACUCCAUUACACAUCACUGCGCAAUUCGGUUAUAUCCAAGUGGCGCAUGUGUUGCUCUCCUACACGGCAAACAUCAAUGCAAAAGAUCGGGCAGGUCAUUCAGUCCUUGACCAUGCACUGGACAAAAAUCAGGAGGACUUCAUCGUAUUCCUCAUUGAAAAAAAUGCCGAUGUAUCUGCUGUCUCCUCCAAGAAGCACCGUCGCCGCCUACAAGAAAUUCAAGACACCAUGGAGUUCCGCAAGAGACGGUCCGCAAAAUCUACAAAACGGAGCUCGAAGUCGCGGAUAGGGAUCGAAGCAUCUUCUACGUCUCUUAUGACGACUUGAGGCUCUUUUGGAGGCUGUGGCAGUAUUCGAUAUAUCCAACGGUUCCACGACGUCACAAGGCAGAGGCCAUGCGGGGGCCUAAUCCAGCCAACACGUCAGCGGUCCUUCACCGGCCUUGUACCACCACCUUGGGUAACCCGACGAGCUUGCAACUGCGGCCCGACGUACCCAUCCCGAAAUCUUUCCGGCUCGGCGUUCCUGGCACGGGACACAUGCGCGUCAAGUCUGACAACACUAUUAGAAGACACAUCGUACCGCUAGCUGAUAAGGCUGAAAAUGGU